CCUGCCCGCCGGGCCAUGCCGCCGCCCGCGCCGCCCACCGAGCUGGUGCCGUCGGAGCGCGCCGUGGUGCUGCUGUCGUGCGCGCUCUCCGCGCUCGGCUCGGGCCUGCUGGUGGCCACGCACGCCCUGUGGCCCGACCUGCGCAGCCGGGCACGGCGCCUGCUGCUCUUCCUGUCGCUGGCCGACCUGCUCUCGGCCGCCUCCUACUUCUACGGGGUGCUGCAGGACUUCGCGGGCCCCUCGUGGGACUGCGUGCUGCAGGGCGCGCUCUCCACCUUCGCCAACACCAGCUCCUUCUUCUGGACCGUGGCCAUCGCCCUCUACCUGUACCUGAGCAUCGUCCGCUCGGCGCGCGGGCCUCGGACCGGCCGCCUGCUCUGGGCCUUCCACGUGGUCAGCUGGGGGGUCCCACUGGCCAUCACCGUGGCAGCUGUCGCUCUGAAGAAGAUCGGCUAUGAUGCCUCGGACGUGUCGGUCGGCUGGUGCUGGAUCGACUUGGACGCAGAGGACCGCGUCCUGUGGAUGUUGCUGACCGGGAAGCUGUGGGAGAUGCUGGCCUACGUCACGCUGCCCGUGCUUUACCUCCUCAUCAGGAAGCACAUAAACAGGGCGCACGAGGCGCUCUCGGAGUACCGGCCCAUCCUCUCCGAGGAGCACAGGCUUCGGCGCCACGCCUCGGCGGCCGACAAGAAGCUGGUCCUCAUUCCGCUCAUCUUCAUUUGCCUCCGGGUCUGGAGCACCGUGCGAUUCGUCCUGACCCUCUGUGGCUCCCCGGCGGUGCAGUCGCCAGUGCUGGUCGUCCUGCACGGGAUCGGGAACACAUUUCAGGGCGGUGCCAACUGCAUCAUGUUCGUCCUCUGCACCCACGCCGUCCGAACCCGGCUCUUCUCUGUCUGCUGCCGCUGCUGCCCUUCCCAGCCUUCCGCCCAGAGCCCGGCUGGCCCUCCCAAGCCUCCUGCGCCCUCCAAGACCGGCGAAUCUCAGGGAUCCAGACACACCCCAGAUGAACUUCCAGUCACCUGAGCUGUUCCCUGCCCGGUUCCGUGCACAGGUGCUGCCUACCUGGGGACAGGUGGUUCCGGGAGUCCCCGCUGCAGGGCGUGCGGCCGGAUGGCUGCGGAACUGUUAACCUUCUGCUUUUCAAGCUCUUGACGCCCGGUGGGGAGGGCAGCCAGCAAACUCAGCUCCUUCUACCUCCUAGAGCCUCCGGGGGCUCAUCCCCACUCACGCCCGCCCGCCCGUGUCCUGCUGCGCUCGCUCGGAGGGGUACUCGUCUGCAGGAGGGUCGGCCGUGAGAUUCAGGGCAGCCGGUGGCACGAGGUCACUUUCAGGUCGCCCCGCGGUCCAGCGGUCAUCGGCCCCAGGACCGCGCACAGCACUGUUUACAGUUCGAGGGGCCCACGCCUGUGGGGAGGAGAGCACAGUGAGAUGUGGAUACCGUGCACUCAUCCUAAAUAAAAUGGCAGGGGGUGUCAGAGAUGCGUCCCCCACUUAGAUGUCGUGAAGCGGAUUUUUGGUUUAUCGGGGGGCAUUGAGAUUUCCGGGAGAGCCCAGCUUUUUUUCGCAGAGAGCUUUGCUCGUCAGUGAAAGAGCCAGUUCCCUUUAAGCAGGUCGAAGGUUUCCCCGGGAGGUUUCCUGGUGACCACGUGAGCCCAACACAACGGCGCCGGGCGGCCGGUCUCCCUGGGGCCCCCCAGAACGUCUGUAUGGGUUGCCAACCCUUGAUGCAGAUUGUGUCUGAAUUUCAAGCACAGGCCGGAACCCAGACCCUCCCUUCACCGGUCACUUAAAAUACAGGUUCCCUCGUCCAACGCAAGAGCUAGGACAGGGACAGGAAGAGGCCGUUGCAGAGAAUCCCCGUGGAUGCCCACUGCCCCUCCGGUCUGCCCUUGUGAACACUGAGAUGGGGAGGGAGCCAGUUUAUUCACUCCCUGCUUUAGUUUUUUAUAGGAAAGGUGACCAGGGAGUCCGUGAAUGAUCCAAAUACGAACUCCAACCUGAAGGGGAAGGUUUGGGGCGUUGGUUGGGGGAAGUGACACAUGCAUCACGGGAAUGACGAUUUACAUUUAAGAGAAAAGGAUUUCAAAUAAGCGUCUGUGUCUCUCUCUAUAUUCACGGCUCUUCCAGGAACAAUUUCCUCGCGUUUCAGGAAACAGUUUCUCUGUUAAGUCACAGAAAUCACCGCAGGAGGCUUGCGGAGGGAAAGUGCCACUUUACCCCACACCUGUCCGUCCCCUGGGCUCCGUCAGAACUCGGCAAAACCGAAACGAUCUUCUGAACCUGGAAAACGGUUCUGGAUUAAAGCCAAAGCCUCAUCAUACUGUUGGUUCCUUUUUAUUUUUUUUUUAAGUUUAUUUAUUUUGAGAGAGAGUGAGAGUGCGUGGGAGGGGCAGAGAGAGAGGGAGAGAGCCUGACAUGGGGCUUGAACUCACGGACCGUGAGAUCAUAACCCGAGCCGAAAUCAAGAGUUGGGCGACUCAGCCACCCAGGUGCUCUGUUGAUUCCUAUUUUAUUCUGUUUUUAAAAAAAUUUUUUUUUUAACGUUUAUUUAUUUUUGAGACAGAGAGAGACAGAGCACGAACGGGGGAGGGGCAGAGAGAGAGGGAGACACAGAAUCUGAAACAGACUCCAGGCUCUGAGCUGUCAGCACAGAGCCCAACUCGGGGCUCGAACUCACGGACUGCGAGAUCAUGACCUGAGCCGAAGUCGGCCGCCCAACCGACUGAGCCACCCAGGCGCCCCUCCUAGUUUCUUCUUAAAAGCAAAAUCCGUCACAGGAAGACAACGGGAAAAGAAGAGUUGUCGACAGAACUAGGUCCAAAAUGCUUUUUUUUGGGUUUCCUUUUUUUUUUUUUUUUUUUAAAGAAAAGGUUUUCUUUAUGAAAAUCAGCAAGAGGCAGUCAUCCCCUUAGGGACUAGAAGCCCCGGGCUGCCCUACAGAAAGCUACUUGUCAGGGGCGCGGUCUCCUUACAGAAGCGGCCAGUGUAAGAGGAAUCCGGGGUUAAAGACGAUACAGCAGGUCCUGGGCACAUGGCUCAUAAAGACCUUCACAUUAGCUUCUAGAAUGGAGCGUUCAGGAAGCUGCUUGCUGCAAAAAAGAAAAUGGUUCCCAGCUGAGUUAGCGUGUGGGGCACGGUGGAUGAUGUGAGACUAAAACCUCGGAAGGGGGCCCAGAGUCCCGGGCCUAGACGGCAAGACUGGCUGUCCACCGCCCGGUGUGACUUCCACAGCACUGGCGAGACCUGGGUGUCCCCAGGCAGGCGACGGUCAGGAGAGGCCCGCAGAGGGAGUAGGGGCGCAGGAGAAUCUCUGGGUGCCUGGGGCUGCCUCAAGUUCUCAUUCCUCUUGUCUGAUGCUGCUGCUGUGCUGUCUGCUUUUGCAAAACCCACCCACGGGUUACCCCUGGCUAUUUCCACUUCAGUUUCCUCCACUGCCCGCCCCGUCUCUGCAGCAGGUGGAUGUGUCACUGUAAGUGGUGGAGACCGCGUGGGCAGGGGACAGGCUUGUCCCAGGGGCCGGGUCAGGGGGUGACGGGAUUCGGAACUGGAUGGUGGUGGCCAUGAGGUCGAGUCUUAGGACUGUGGGAGGGGCUCGGGCUUCUGAUCGAGCAAGAGAGGCUUCGUUCGUCUUCCGCUUCGCUCAGGCCCCAGUGGGUUUCUUUCUCUCCCAUCAGCCCUGCUCGUGUCCAUCCGCCUACAUCCCCCCGUCACGGAUUCAUAACAGUCUGGACAGGUGCUGCGGCCCCCUCAGCGGCUCCUCAGCCGGGAGCCCUCUCUUCUCAGGCACUUUCUGAACCUUGGUCUUUGAAUCAGGUUCGCCAGGCACUUUCUGUUUGUUUUGUCAUUUAAUAAAGAGUAUGAUUUGGUCCUGGGCUGAGGGUGCAAACAGCUCUCGCUGUGUGCCCGACAGGAAGAAACGUUUUAUACAAACGUCCUGUCCUGGCACAAUGAGCGUGCUGUCUUUUGGCGGGUGCAAAACUGUAAUGAAACCCUGGGCAUCUUGGGUCGAAGCCAAAGUCUUGCUGUUUUUGAUGAAAUAAAGUAGCUA